CACAACUUGUUUGCUAAGACACACACAGGGCAUGGAAGAUUAUACAGAUCUGUUGAGCACAACAAUAUCUAACCACUGUACAUGUGAAAUUUGCAUAUUGAAUGUUCACAUGUCCAGAUUUGUUCAGUUUUUAUUUCAAAUUCUAAGUAUUUAAUGAACCUUCGCAGCCCAUAUUAAAUAGCUUUAAUUAUCUUGUGCUCAUCAUUUCUUGGAAUAAUAGUAUUUUUUUGCUGCCGAUAUAAAUUGAUGAUCCAUACUGGCAGAUACAGAUCUUUUUGUUGUUUGAUUAUACCGCUGGUCUAAAAGACAUUUUUACUGCCCCUGUCGAAAAAAUAUUUUCAACCGCUCUGAAGUCAGUGUAAAAAACAUUUUAUACUUUUACUUCAUUAUUGUCAUCAUUAGUGUUUCAAUUUCUAUAUAGAAAGAGACAAUUCAAAUGAGAAGGAAAUAAAAGAUUUGAAUUUGAUGGAUUAAACAAAUCUUGUCAUUAGUAGGUCUAAGGAUGAAUUAUAUGAUGCUUAGAGCUUAGUGUAAACGGGUCAUAAUUCAUCUCCAAUAUCUAAUUAUGUUGCUGUGAAAACAUCGACUUCCAACAACUGGAUUUAUUCAAGUUUCUCACAAACACUAUUUUAUAGUUUGGGCGCAUCAGCAGGGCCAUGGCAGGACGCCGGCCCACCAGGCAGGAGGCAGCAGACACAGCUAGGUCCAAUGGACCCUGUGAGACUUGAAGUCUCAUGAUGUAAAAUUAUCAGAGAUCAGUGACUAGAAAAGCAUAAAUGCCAAAGUCCUGAUUGCCUAUUUUACUGAAUAUUGUGUCUCAGUCAAACUUUAUUGCACCCUGUGAUGGUUAACAGUAAACUGUGAAAUUAAUCCACGGUUUGCAUGCAUGCUGAACUACAGGGGGAUCUAACUAAGUUAACUAAGUUAAACGCUGCAUACUUUCCUCUAUAUAUUUUAUAUUACUGUGAAAACAACUAUCCGUACAAGUUUCUCACCCCAAACUAAAUUUUAAGAGAUUACAUGUACAAAUCAUGAUCAUUUGGUGAAGUGGUCGAAUGAGGUCCAUCUGACCAACGAGAAAGACUAGCAUGUCUUAUUUCCUUUGCCUAACUUAUCAAUUAUCUCCCCCUCACGUUGUACUUAUUUGUUCUACCCGCAUCUUCCGUAGGAAGCAGUCACCCAGUUUAUGGGGUUCGAUCUGUAGUCAAGUGCAUCAGUCUUUGUGCGUCUAACUUGACCCACCAGAGUUUUGAAACCAGUGUUGACGUUGUGUUUAUUACCUCUUUCCUUUGCCAUACAAAUGAUGCAAAUGCAACAACAACUGCAGUUGAGUGGUAGUAUUACACGGUUAAGCUUUGUUAUUAUGGUUUGUGAAUGAAAAAUACUACACGAUAGGUUUAUGGUUGUAAAUAUUAUUAUUAGGAAAACUUACUAUGAAGUGCUCAAUUUCUGAAAAGGUUUCCCUGUUUUUCUCAGGGCUUUGUAGUUUGACAAAGCCCUAGCGCCCUAGUUCUCACAAAGAUUAUUUCAACAGCCAUUGCCACAUGAAACAAGCCCCUCCUUUCCCAUACAGACGUAAACAGCAUAGGCCCCGCCUACCUAUACCACAAUGUUGUGGUUCUGUAUUCGGUACAAAAACGAAUGUCUUGAUGCGUGCCUGAGUUAUUUUACAUUUCAUACAAUACUGGAUGAUAAUUUACAUUGUUUUCUUCUCUGUAUUGCCAAACAAGUUGCGACGAUAGUACAAUACACAGACGGGUUAAACUGCUGAUAUCCCGUCAGCUUCAGUGGAUGCGCAAAACAGUUUACUCUCUCCAGUUCACCCGCGUGCGAGAGUUAGCAGCCUCGAUGUUGAAUGCAAUGUCGUGGACACCUGCAGCCACUUUCUCAAUACGUCCAGUUUAGACUAUUAGUCGGUGAAUUAAAUGCUUCAGCUCCUCAAGACCAAAGUUAAGUUCCCAUGUCUUUUAAUGUGGGCCAAUUUAUUCUCAUUUUGGUGACAAUCCACGACGUUUUUGCCAAGAAUAUUUAAAAAGAAUUGUUAAAUAUUUCUUUUACUUUUGAUGCUGGUCAAAAUCAGUCAAAUGUAUAUUUUGUCAGUUAACGGUAAAACGCUUUAUUCUUAACAUCCAUAAGGUAGAGCUCAGGCAAUGUUGUCUCGCAGGUCACAGAUUCUUGUUAUGAGUUGUUUCAUAAUUCUUUUCUUGUUCCACGUCUUCUGCUUAUUGGCCAAUAAAAGUACUAGACUUGUGCAAGGGAUAGAACAGUGUACGUUCUUGACUAUAGCCUCAGGAAGAAUAUGAGUUUCACCGUUAUACGAUGGUUGCUGUUUGUUUAAGAGCCUUUUGGAUGGCAAUAAUUCAUUCACAUUUUUUUAAUGAAAUGAUUUAUUGUUCAUCAAUGUAUAAUAUUAAUUUUUUGUUUUUCUAAACUGUCACUGUAGGUGUUUCUGGGCCUUUGGUUGGUUAACUUAUGUAGCAUCAACUAAAACAAUGUUCACUUAUAUUCGUUGCCAAUUUGAAGAUUGCAAUCUAUUACAACGCAAUGGGUUUGAAUUCAGUCAAUAGUUAAGUGGUCAUUUUUGCAGACAUCCUGGGUAUUCCACUUGAUCUUGGCAUGUUAUAUUCCUGGGCUGGUCACUUUGUGUCCUCCAUGAUCAUUUCUACAAAAGGCUCUACAAACAGAACUAAGAAGUUACCUUCAUAGAAUUGGUGAAGUGUAUUCACCAACCCACCGAUGAGAGAACUUGAGCUUGGUUUAGACUGACUUCCCUGAUAAUGUUAAACGGACCCAAUGCAAUGUCUUCUUAGAUGCUUUGCACUGUCUUGCACCAAUGAGUUUUGCAAAUAAAAUAUUAGACUCUUUUUUUAAUUCCCUGGCCAUCUUAAGGUUACCAAAAGGCCUCUACACAUGUGUCAUUUUCCCCCCUAACUUUUUAAAGUGCAUACACUGAGAACAUGGUGGCAAAAUGAUAGCAUGAGUUAAAAGUUACAUUGAGUAAUCAUUUUGUUAUGAAGUCAUACUCUAGUCAGGAUAUAUAAAUGAAUAGUAACCAGUCAUUUCUGGUUUUAGAUAUUAUUGUUGAUGCUCAUUGUGUUCUCUUUGCUUUCUUUCCCCCCAGGUAAGUCUGUGUCCUUGCUAGUGUUUCACCCCCCCCCCCCCCAAACCAUAUUUUUCUUCUCUCUCUUUUCCUGGCAUAUAUGACGUCUCACUCGUGGCCUUUGGCCUUUGAUAAUGGAGCAGUAAAUCAUCUUUAGAGGAGCUGGUUUAAGUGUUUUUGUUUGGGUUGGGGAGGAAGGUGAGAGAGGAAGAAACAGAAAAGAACAUGCUAAAAAGAAGGGGGGGGGACUAGAGGCCUACAGUGCUGUCUUAUUCCCUUGUGACAGUCCUGUAGUACGCGUGGACCAUCGAGUGGGAGAACCCUGAGAGGAGGAUGAGGCCGUGCUCAUGUGUGAAUGGGAGGGAGGCAGCAGGCAAGCAUCUGUGUGUUUCUGUGCAGCGGAGCCUGGGAGGGGGGAGGGGCAGGCGGCAGUGCAGUGCUCUGCUCAGCUGUUGAGCAAGCUGAUCUUUCGCUCUGUGUCUCCUCCCUUCUCUUUCUCUGCUGGGCUGGGCUUGCUCUGUCUGCCUGAGCACUGCUGGCAGUUGGGAACCUCCGCGAAGCAAAGCAGGCUGCUGCUAUGGCCACCGUGGAGAACGACAGAUGGGGAUGUCAGGAGGUCCAUUUGGCCAGCAGUAUGGUCCGGCUGGGUUGCAGCAUAUGGGGGCAGCGGGGGUCAAUGCCCAACAACUCCAAAACAAGACCGCCCUUUCCAAAAACCUGCCCCAAUUCCCUUCUGAGCUGAAGGGAGCUGGAAGUGUGCCAAACCUGUCCCAGAUGCAGCAGCAGGUAGCGUCGGUGGGCAUGGUCUCUGGGGCCGGUGGCGUGUCAGCGGGCCCAACAGCUGACCCCGAGAAGCGCAAACUCAUUCAGCAGCAGCUGGUCCUGUUGCUCCACGCACAUAAGUGCCAGCGGCGGGAGCAGGCCAACGGGGAGGUGAGGGCCUGCACUCUGCCCCAUUGCCGCACCAUGAAGAACGUCCUCAACCACAUGACCCACUGCCAGGCUGGCAAGUCCUGCCAGGUGGCUCACUGUGCGUCAUCCAGGCAGAUCAUCUCCCACUGGAAGAACUGCACGCGGCACGACUGUCCGGUCUGCCUGCCUUUAAAGAAUGCAAGUGACAAGAGGAAUCAGCAACCCAUGCUAAGUUCUCCUGGGUCUAGCCUGCAGAACGCCAUCAGUGCAGUGGGGCCUGGCCAGCCCAGUUCCACAGCCAUCAACAGUGCUGCCACACACAUCGACCCCAGCUCCAUGCAGAGGGCCUAUGCUGCCCUUGGCCUGCCGUAUGGGAACCAGUCCCCUGCCCAAGUCCAGGGACAGGGACCUUCUCAGCAAAAUCCCCAGGGCUCCCAGCACCAGCAGCUGCGAAAUCUGAACACACUCGGGACUAAUCCGAUGAACCAGAUGGCUGGAAGCUUGGGUGUCCCCUCGUCAGACCAGACUGGCAUGCACUCUGACUCCUCUCUACCAUCCUCACUCAACAAUCAACUGAUGCCUGAUGGGUCAGUAGUGGGAGGCAUGGGAAACCUGCCCACCCCUCUCUCUUCUUCGGGGGUAAGGAAGGCCUGGCAUGAACACGUCACUCAGGACCUGCGCACCCACCUGGUGCACAAACUUGUACAAGCCAUAUUCCCCACCCCAGACCCUGCAGCAUUGAAGGACCGACGAAUGGAGAACCUGGUGGCGUAUGCACGCAAGGUUGAGGGUGACAUGUACGAGUCUGCUAACAGCAGGGAUGAGUAUUACCACUUCCUGGCCGAGAAAAUUUAUAAAAUCCAGAAGGAGUUGGAGGAGAAGAGGCGCUCACGACUCCAGAAACAACCUGGCAUGGUGGGCACGGCUGGGCCUCAGCAACCUGGAAUGGCUCCGCCCAACGCCAUGGACCCAGGACAGGGCGUCCGCUCUCCCAAUGGACCUGUGCCUAUGCCAAACAUGCCAAAUCAGAUAAUGAGCCGUAUGCAGGUGCCGCAAGGAAUCAAUCAGUUUAACCCAAUGGCGAUGCAGAAUGCGCAGAUGUCUCAGGCACCCAUGGGAGCACGUGCUCCAUCCCCCAUGAACCAUCCACAACAAAUGAACAUGAGCUCCGUCCCAGCGAUGGGUAUGUCCCCGUCAAGGAUGCCUCAGACACAAGGAAUGAUGGGUAGUCAUGCUAAUAACAUGGUUGCGCAGCCAGCCAACCAGGGCCAGUUCCUGCAACAGGGCCAGUUCACUGCUUCUGCAGGUGGAGCAAUGAAUGUGAAUGUAGGCGUGGGUCAGCCCAUAACACUGGCUUCUGUUACACAGAAGCCACCGAACUCUAACCUCCCUCUGAAUGCACUGGGAUCCCAUGGCCCCCUGCUGCCCUGUGGCCCUCCAGCCCAGCCUACCCUUCGCGCUACUCCUCCACCCAAUGCCUCUGCCAGCCUGCUGCAGCAGCACCAUGCUUCUGCACAGGCCCAAGUGCCACCGCAGCCCACUACCCCCGUCUCCACUGGUGGGCCCUCCUCCACCCCAACCCACAUGCCCAGUAGCCACCCUGGCCCCUCCUCAGCCAUGGGCACACCCGACCCCUCCCAACCGAUCACCCCUCUGCAGCCGCAGACAGAACCCCCCAGCCAAAUGCAGCAGCCCACCUCAGAAAAGGCACAGCACCCCAGCACACCGUUGUCCCAGGCAGCGGCGAGCAUAGAUAACAGAGUACCCACCCCAGCGUCUGUGGCUGAGUCGAGCUCCCAGAAGGCCUUGCCAGACAUGAGCAGCAUUGAAGCCAAACCUGAAGUGAAAGACGAAGAAGAUGACUGUAAGUCUGGAAAGAAGCAGCCGGAUAUAAAUAUGGAGCAGGAUGAUGAUACCAAACCCCUGCUGGUGAAGAAGGAGGAGCCAGAUGCAGCACAGCCAAAGCAGGAACCAAUGGAAACUGAGGAAAAGAAGCCGGAGAUGAAGACAGAACCCAAAGAAGAGGAAGAAAGUGGGGCCAACGGCACAUCAACCACCUCCAGCCCUCAGAGCCGAAAAAAGAUUUUCAAGCCAGAGGAGCUGAGACAAGCCUUAAUGCCAACACUUGAGGCCCUCUACAGGCAAGACCCCGAGUCACUGCCCUUCAGACAACCUGUAGACCCCAUGCUACUCGGCAUCCCUGACUAUUUUGACAUUGUGAAGAAUCCCGUUGACUUAUCCACUGUCAAGCGCAAGCUGGAUACGGGUCAAUACCAGGAGCCGUGGCAGUAUGUGGACGAUGUGUGGCUCAUGUUCAACAACGCGUGGUUGUAUAACCGUAAAACAUCCCGCGUCUACAAGUACUGCGCCAAGCUGGCGGAGGUGUUUGAAGCCGAGAUCGAUCCUGUCAUGCAGGGCUUGGGCUACUGCUGCGGCAGGAAGUAUGAGUUCUCGCCCCAGACGCUAUGUUGCUAUGGCAAACAGUUGUGUACCAUUUCCAGAGACGGCACCUACUUCAGCUACCAGAACAGGUAUCACUUCUGUGAGAAGUGCUUCAACGAGAUCCAGGGCAACAGUGUGACCCUGGGGGAAGACCCAGCACAGCAACAGACCAUGAUAUCAAAGGAGCAGUUUGAAAAGAAGAAAAAUGACAUGUUGGACGCUGAACCGUUUGUUGAAUGUAAAGACUGUGGACGAAAGAUGCAUCAGAUCUGCGUGCUGCACUACGAUGUUAUUUGGCCAACAGGCUUUAUCUGUGACAACUGUCUAAAGAAGUCUGGCAAAACAAAAAAGGAGAACAGGUUUUCAGCAAGAAGCCUGUGUAAAGGAUUGCAGUCAACCAGAUUGGGGACAUACAUCGAGGACAGAGUGAACAAGUACUUGAAAAGGCAGAACCAUCCUGAGGCCGGCGAGGUGUUUGUGCGAGUGGUGGCCAGCUCUGACAAAAAUGUGGAGAUUAAGCCCGGCAUGAAGUCUAAGUUUGUGGACUCGGGCGAGAUGGUGGAGACCUUCCCUUACAGAACCAAAGCACUUUUUGCAUUUGAGGAAAUAGACGGGGUGGACGUUUGUUUCUUUGGCAUGCAUGUCCAGGAGUACGGCUCAGAGUGCCCAUUUCCAAAUACCAGACGGGUUUACAUAUCAUACCUCGACAGUAUUCACUUCUUCCGGCCACGUGUGCUAAGGACUGCAGUUUACCAUGAGAUUUUAAUCGGCUACCUGGAGUAUGUGAAGAAACUGGGGUAUGUGAUGGGUCACAUCUGGGCCUGCCCACCCAGUGAAGGAGAUGACUACAUUUUUCACUGCCACCCUGAUGACCAGAAGAUCCCCAAACCCAAGAGGCUCCAAGAGUGGUACAGAAAGAUGCUUGACAAAGCUUUCGCUGAGAGGAUCCUCCAUGAUUACAAGGACAUUUUCAAACAGGCAACAGAUGACCGUCUGACCAGUGCCAAUGAGCUGCCGUACUUUGAGGGUGAUUUUUGGCCUAAUGUACUGGAGGAGAGCAUCAAGGAGCUGGAGCAGGAGGAGGAGGAGAGGAAGAAGGAGGAGAACACGGCCUGCUCUGAGACAACAGAGGGGGCCCAAGUUGACAGCAAAAAUGGCAAAAAGAAGAAUAACAAGAAAACCAACAAAAACAAGAGCAGCAUCAGCCGAGCCAAUAAGAAAAAGCCUGGGAUGCCGAAUGUAGCCAAUGACCUGUCCCAGAAGCUCUACGCCACCAUGGAGAAACAUAAGGAGGUGUUUUUUGUCAUCCAACUCCAUGCCGGGCCAGUCAUUAACACCCUGCCACCCAUCAUGGACCCCGACCCUCUGUUGACCUGUGACCUGAUGGAUGGCCGGGAUGCCUUUCUGACUUUGGCCAGGGACAAGCACUGGGAGUUCAGCUCACUGAGGAGAUGCAAAUGGAGCACAAUGUGCAUGUUGGUCGAGCUGCACAACCAAGGCCAGGACCGCUUCGUGUACACCUGCAAUGAGUGCAAGCACCACGUAGAGACUCGCUGGCACUGCACCGUCUGUGAGGACUAUGACUUAUGCAUUAACUGCUACAACAUUAAGGGCCACGAGCACCAGAUGGUUAAAUGGGGCCUUGGUCUCGAUGAUGACAGCAACGGUCCGGGUGGAGAGGCCUCCAAGAGCCCUCAGGAGAGCCGCCGUCUCAGCAUCCAGCGCUGCAUCCAGUCCUUGGUCCAUGCCUGCCAGUGCCGCAAUGCCAACUGCUCUCUUCCUUCAUGCCAGAAGAUGAAGAGGGUGGUUCAACACACCAAAGGCUGCAAGCGCAAGACCAAUGGUGGCUGUCCUGUGUGCAAGCAACUCAUCGCUCUGUGUUGUUAUCACGCGAAGCACUGUCAGGAGAACAAGUGUCCUGUUCCCUUCUGCCUCAACAUCAAGAACAAACUCCGUCAGCAGCAGCUGCAGCACAGGCUCCAGCAGGCUCAAAUGAUGCGCCGGAGGAUGGCCACCAUGGCGGGAAGGGGUAUGCCCAUGCCAUCUCCACCUACCUCAGCUGGCCCCGACACACCCAACUCUGUGCAGCAGCCUAGUGCACCACAGACCCCCCAGCCCAUGCCCAACCAGCCCCAACAACAGCAGCCACCAAACCCUGCCAACAUGGCGCAGGGCGUCACCAACAACGGCCGCAGCAGCCAGCCCCCAACACCUGUGCCGCAGGGCAAACCAGGACCUCAGUCAUCGCCUCUUCAUCAGCAGCAGUCACCUCUGCCUAACAUGCCCCACCAACAGCAGCCUCAGCUACCGCAGCAACAGCAGCAGCAACAACAACAGCAGCAACUGCAGCAACAGCAACAACAACAGCAGCAGGAACAACAACAACAGCAACCACUGCUGGCAGCCCUGAAGGUGGCCAGACAGAUCGAGAUGGUCGCCAAGGCAAAGCAGCAGCAGCAGCAGCAGCAGCAGCAGCAGCAACAGCAGCAGCAGAAUUAUGCCUUGAAUGGGAUGCCCAUGAACCACCCUCGAAUGAUGGGGCCGAUGCAGGGUCAGAUGCAGAUGAUGCAGGGGCCAAGGGGCCCGCAGGCUAUGCAGCAGGGCCAAUGGAGUCCAGGGAUGCAGAAUCCCCAGGGUCAUCAGCCACAGGUCCCUCCUCAACAGGGCCCUAUGGCCCCUCAGCAGGCUCAGGGGACCCCCAUGCCCCAGCAGGACCAGCUCAUGCAGAGACCCAUGAUGCCCCAGCAACAAGGUCUCCAGAUGCCUGGGGUCAUGCCUCCACAGGGGCCCUCACAGCAAGGCAUGACACCACAGCAGCUAAACAUGCCACAGGGGAUUCCGAACAACAUUGCUCCGAGUGCCCUGCAGGAAUUACUGCGCACCCUCAAGUCUCCCAGCUCCCCACAGCAGCAACAGCAGGUCCUCAACAUCCUCAAGUCCAACCCUCACCUCAUGGCCGCUUUCAUUAAACAGAGGACAGCCAAGUACCAGGCCACCCAGCCGCAGCAGCCGCAGCCGCAGCAGCAGAACGCACAGGCCAUGCUCGGGUCUCAGGCAGGGAUGCAGGCCAUAGGAGCCAUGGCAAACCAGGGGCAGAGGCCAGUGAUGGCACCUCAGCAGCAGCCGCCUCAGCAGGCAGGGCCCCAGGGCAUGACAAACAUGGGCCCCCAGGGCCAGAUGAUGAAUGCUGCUCAAAACGGCAAUCCCCAACUGUACCGCAGGCAGCAGCUGCUCAGGAUGCAGCAGAUGCAGCAGGCGCAGCAGCAGCAGCAGCAGCAGCAGCAGGGAGGCAUGCCUCAGGGCCACGGUCAGUUCCCCCAGCAGCAGACGGGGGCAGCAAGCUACUCCCAGCUUCGUAUGCAGCAGCAAAUGGCUAUGCAAAGUGGCGGUGGGCCCAUGGGACAGCUCCCUCCCACAUCUCAAAUGGGUCAACCUGGCAUGGGCAUGGACGGGCCCCAGAACCUUCUCCAGCAGCGCAUGCUUCAGCAGCAGCAACAGCAGCAGCAGAUGUUAAAGCAGCAGAUGGGCUCCCCAGCACAGGCGAACUCGAUGAGUCCGCAGCCUCACAUGCUCCAAAGCCAAGCCCAGGGAGGAGCUCACUUACCGGGCAAGACAAUGGCAAACACCCUGGGAAACCAAGUCCGCUCCCCAGUCCCAGUGCAAUCGCCCCGUCCGCCUUCCCAGCAGCCCCCGCAUUCCAGUCCCUCCCCAAGGAUACAGCCCCAGCCCUCUCCUCAACAUGGUGGCCUCCACUCCAGCUCUCCCCACCCCAGCCUUGGAGGCCCAAUGUCGGGCUCCAUGGAGCAGGGACACAUGGGAACACCAGAGCAGAGCGCCAUGCUCCCGCAACUCAACACACCAAACAGAGGGGGGUUGAGUAAUGACAUGGGUGUGGUGGGUGACACGACGGGAGACACGCUGGAGAAAUUUGUUGAGGGAUUGUAGCAUUUUGGGACAGAAGAAAGGCCUUGUUCUGUUUUCAGCUGAGAAUUUUUUGUACUUGCUGGUGUAAAAAGCUAAAAGAAAUACAAACAAAUGAGUCAUACGAGGCCUACAGACUGUGAACUUUCCUUAAACCAAGGGACUGCUUUUUCUUCCAACACAGUGAGUGAUUUGAUACUUGCUGUUGAAAAGAAGACAACAAAGACACAAAGAAUAUAUUUUUUGGUUCAGACCAGCCAUGCAAGAAUUUGCCCUGGUCUUGGUGUUGUUUUAAUUUGUUUUUCAUUUGUUAUGCUCUGGUAUUGACUUUUUUAACAAAACUUCUCAAAACAAAAAAUAUUUCAUUUUAUCAUUACAUUUUUUUUAUUUUGGAACUUUGCAAAUUAAUAUGGUAUUUGUGUUGAGAAGACUGUACAAUUAUUUGUCUGGGAAUUUGUUUUGCCAGGUUCCACCUCUUGCUCAGUUUCUCUGUUCCUGGAUAAUUUAUUCUAAUAUGCCAUUUUUCAAGAGGACUGCCUUUGGGAAAGCCUUAAUUUCUUUCCUGUUUGCAGAGUCUAUGGGAGAUAAAUGUAUUUGUAUAGAUCUAGGAACUAUUGCACACACCCAAACACAAAAGGCAGGUGUAAGAGAAACCUGUCUUAAAGCUUGUUAAUUUUCACAGGUGCCGGAAUGUUCCUUUUAGGCCUGGGCCCAGUAUUUGUCUUGCUUUGUCUCUCCCUCAGUCAAAAGAAAAUAUCAAGUCCUGAACCUCUUUUGCCUGUGUUGGGAAAUUAACUUGUUUGACUGCUGAUUUGUGUCCAGAAAGGGGUUUUGUGCAUCAUUUUCUCUCUUGCAUUAAACUUGAAUUGAUGAUGAACUAUUCUCUGACCUAAAUCAUGCAGCUAGACACUACUGUAAAUAUGCAGAAAAUAAGAAUGAAAUCACUGUACAAACUGGUUCAAAUGGCUCAUUUCGUACUUAUAUACCAUAUUGUUAAAUAAACCUGUGUGCCACAGAC